AUGGGUAAUGUGCAGUGCUGCUCUAGCGAUCUCCAAGAGGGGAAACAGAAUAAGAAACAGAAGAACAAGAAGAAGACUAAAAAGAAGCAGAAGAAGAAUAGCGGGAACAUCAACGGGCUUGGUGGUGCUAAAUUAGACAUUAAUUGUGGUGAGAAAGUAGCAACGGUGGCGGAAGAUACUGAACGCGCAGCGCCUAAGGAGGCGCAAGCGCAGAAUAUGCAUCCUGACAUCAAACCUGUGGAUAAAUCGCAGGAGUCACUAAAUGUGACACAGCCCAGCGAUACCAAUUCCAACAAGAGCGAGCCUUCGCAGAAUGAAUCCAUGGCAGCGGCGAGGGAGCGCUUCUUCAAUCAGGUACAAAUAUAUGUGUAUAACAUAAGUCUCAUUCAAAACUAA